AUGAGGGACCCUAAUUCUUGGGAAGAUCAUGAUGAGUUUAAGCCAGAGAGGUUUCUAGCAGCUUCAAGAUCAGAGCGAGAAGAUGAGAUAAGAGAGCAAGCAUUGAAAUACCUUCCUUUUGGAACCGCGAUUGGAACAAUGGUACAAUGUUUUGACUGGAGAAUCGAAGGAGAUAAGGUCAACAUGGAGGAAGCUCUUGCUGGAAUGAAUCUGGCCAUGGCUCAUCUGCUUAAGCGCACUCCUGUUGUUCGAAUCGACCCUUCAACUUUUAAUUUGCACUGA